AGAACUCUGCCAAGUCACAAUGGAUAAUAGUGUGUAUGUGGGUGAGAUGAUGAGUUGUCAUGAUGACGAAGCUACCAGAACAUCAACUUCAGAAGGGCUGGAGGAAGGGGAGGUGGAAGGGGAGACACUCCUGAUCGUGGAGUCUGAAGAUCAGGCAUCAGUAGAUUUGUCUCAUGACCAGAGUGGGGACUCAUUGAACAGUGACGAAGGAGACACAUCCUGGAUAGAGGAGAUGUCCUACUACUGUGAAAAAUGCCAGAAAUGGAUACCUGCAAGUCAGGUGAGAGAACAGACCAGCUAUCUCAAGGGUGAUAACUUUUUCCGGUUCACUUGCUCUGAUUGCUCAGAAGAUGGGAAGGAACAGUUUGAACGGUUGAGGCUGACAUGGCAGCAGAUUGUUAUGCUGGCAAUGUACAAUUUAAGCCUGGAAGGAACCGGCCGCCAAGGUUACUUCAGAUGGAAGGAAGAUAUCUGUUCUUUCAUUGAGAAACACUGGACUUUUCUACUAGGAAACCGGAAGAAGACAUCUACCUGGUGGAGCACUGUUGCUGGUUGCCUUUCCGUGGGGAGCCCUCGUUUUUUCCGCUCUGGGGCUCAAGAAUUUGGAGAACCAGGCUGGUGGAAACUUGUCCACAACAGACCACCUACUCUGAAGCCUGAAGGAGAGAAGCUGUCUGUGUCUGCCUUGAAAACUAAAGGUUCAAAACUGUCCUUGGACCCAAUCAUUACGGUGGAGGGGCUUAGAAAGCGAGCGAGCCGCAAUCCCGUCGAAUCCGCCAUGGAGCUGAAGGAGAAGCGAUCUCGCACCCAGGAAGCCAAGGACAUCAGGAGAGCUCAGAAAGAGGCAGCCGGCUUCUUGGACAGGAGCACGUCCUCCACGCCCGUCAAAUUCAUCAGUCGCAGCCGGCGUCCGGACUUGGUCCUUGAGAAAGGAGAGGUGGUUGACUUUUCUUCCCUGAGCUCCUCUGACCGCACUCCUUUGACCAGCCCCUCGCCCUCUCCUUCCCUGGAUUUCUCUGCUCCCGGAACACCCGCUUCCCACUCGGCUACACCAAGCCUGCUCUCGGAAGCGGACCUUAUUCCAGACGUGAUGCCCCCUCAGGCCCUCUUCCACGAUGAUGAAGAGAUGGAAGGUGAUGGUGUUAUCGAUCCAGGGACUGAGUAUAUCCCGCUGCCCAGCAGGCCAAUGAGAAUGAUUCGAAGAAGGGUGAAGACCCCUGAGCAGAUCAAGCAAGAGGUGGAGAGUGAAGAAGAAAAAGCAGAGAGGCUGGAAGGUGACGCUGCAGGCCCCGGCAACCCACUCACAUCCCUGCAGGCGCAGGGUCAGGAGAAGCGGAAGGCGCAGCUAAAGCAGAAGGACGGCAAGUCUAGCAGGCCAACGUUUGUGUCGGUCAGCAUCUAUGAAGAGAAGCUUCUUCUGAGGAACUUGGAGGCCUGCCCGAAUGCGGUGGCCAUGACGCCCAAGGCUCGGAGGCUGAGGCGCAAGCUGAUAGUCCGGCAGGCCAAGAGGGAAAGGGGCUUGCCCCUCUUUGACUUGGACAGCAUCGUGAACGCCGCUCUCCUCCUGGUGGAUGGGAUUUAUGGAGCCAAGGAAGGUGGUGUUGGCUGUCCCCCAGCAGGCCACGCAAUGUACAGAACCACUAGCCAGGACUUCAGGAUCUUGGAUCGGUUCCAGACCAAGCUGUCUGCUCUGAAGGGGUUUCGACAAACGGCAAUGAAAUUUCUUAGCCGACUUGUAGGCUCUGAAGUGCUGACUGAUCACAGCAUCAUUAGUCCCUACACAUCACGUGUCUUGAAACCUUAUAUCAGGCGAGAUUAUGAGACCAAACCCCUGAAACUGCAGCUACUGGCUGAAAUUCGAGCACACGCACACAAAGACGAUCCCAGCUGGACCACUGAACCAGAGUCCCCUAUUGAUUAUUGCUACGUGCGCCCCAAUCACAUUCCCUCUAUCAACUCCAUGUGCCAUGAGUUUUUCUGGCCAGGGAUUGACCUGUCAGAAUGCCUGCAGUACCCCGACUUCAGCGUUGUUGUUCUCUACAAAAAGGUCAUCGUGGCCUUUGGCUUUAUGGUGCCAGAUGUUAAGUACAAUGAAGCAUACAUCUCUUUUCUCUUUGUUCAUCCCGAGUGGAGGCGAUCAGGGAUUGCAACGUUUAUGAUUUACCAUCUUAUUCAGACCUGCAUGGGCAAAGAUGUAACCCUUCAUGUCUCCGCAAGUAAUCCUGCAAUGCUGCUGUACCAGAAGUUUGGAUUUAAAACUGAGGAGUACAUUUUAGAUUUCUAUGACAAAUAUUACCCUUUGGAUAGUAAGGAGUGCAGGCAUGCAUUCCUUCUGAGGUUGCGCCGAUGAUACGU